GCCUAACAGAGAGAGCCAGUUGCUCGCUCCCGCAUUGUUUGCCGUGGCCGACCCUUGACAGAGAGCAGUUUGAAGGCGACGGGUGUGCAAUCCUGAAGUCAGUACGCAGGACUUCCAAGGUUCUUCUUCAGCCGUUCAUUCUGGACCACUGAAGGUGUUGAUUGACCCUGCUGAAGUGGGCAUUGGCAACUGUCCUCCACGCACCAAUCGCAGUCACUUCAACCUCCAGCUGAGGUUGCAAGUGGUAGUCCGAUGGGAUUGUUCCGAAGAAAGUCCGUGGCUGCGCCAGCUACGUCAGCUGCAGAAAAUGGCGAGGCGGUUGCCGUUGACAUUGACGGGGAAAGCCAGCUGCGCCCCACUUCCUUGGUCCGCUUGAACACAUUGCAGAGGAGCGACAAGGACUUCCUGAAGGCAAGGUUUGAUCCAAACCAAGAUGGCAUCAUGUCGGCGGCUGACGUGGAGGCGGCCGCUCACCGCUUGCAACAGAUGAAGUUUCGAUUGAACCGAAACUUUAAGCGUACAUGUUGCGUCCUGAUAACUGCCAUUCUUCUUGUGGCCAUCUCAAGCGUUGUCUGUGGAAUCAUCCUAGCCUUUUUCUUCAAGAGCAGCACGCAUGUCAUUGGAAAUAACGUCCUCGCUUGGCGUGGAAAGGAUGCUUUUGUCCUGACUGCUCCGACUCGGGUGCGCACACGUGUGGAGGAGGUGGCACUCCUCACAGUCAACCCGGGAUCUAGCGUGGAGAGCUGGCUCCAAACGGUUGAGGCAAUUGAGCUUCAAACGGCGGAGGGCCCGGUGCUGACCACCCACUUCUUCAAGGUGGCCUCCACUGUGCUGAAUGGGACAACCGCCACCUUUGCGGCAGCAUAUGGGGACGCCCUCGUACUCACCCCGACCACCGCGGCGUUCCAGACCAGCGCUCCCGCUGCGUCCAUCCCGCUGUCCAACGGGACAGUCAGCUUCAUUUCGGGGCAGCCAUAUCCAUUUGUCAACUACUGCGGCGACCGGUCGCUCAACAACUGUGACCCGAGAGCCACGUGCACCAACCGCUUCAGCUCCUUCGUCUGCACCUGCCCGCCUGGCUACCAAGGGCCCGGCACCACUUGCACAGAUAUCAACGAGUGCGCCCCCGGUGGCAACGUGACGAACACCUGCGCUCCAGUCGGGAGCGUCUGCACCAACACGCCAGGCUCGUACACGUGUGCCUGUGCCGCAGGGUACACCGGAAACGGGCGGACCUGCACACAGGUCGACGCGUGCCUGUCCCGGCCGUGCAACACCGUCAACGGCACCUGCUCCAACACCACGCCCGGCAACUACCAGUGCGCGUGCUUGCCGGGCUUCUCAGGAGAUGGCAGGAUAUGCGUCGCCUCGAACUCGACAAUUGGCAACACGACUACGAGUGGAUAGGUGCCACCGACGUCCUGACUGGCCAGGACUGUGCAGCACGGGCAGGGAGCAAGGCCUCGCCUAGAUCUAACUUUUAAUCAAGAAAAGAAUCAGUGGCUCUGGGCUUGCGGUCAUGUACAGAGUCUUCUUCAUUGCAAGUCAUUUGAGAGAAAAUGCAAAGCAGAGUCGCAGGUUUUGGGCACAUUUGCAUCUCACUUAAAUAUAAGGCUCCUAUUUUUAACAAGAAUUUGAAUGUGAGGAGGUACAAGCAAGCAACUAAGAAGGUGUUUAGACUUGAUUAAUCACGUGGCUUUGGUCAAAUUUUAGCAUUAACAACUGGCAAUAAGUACGGUAGUAUUUAUUUGGUUGAAACUAGUCAAGGCACGCAAGUAACGCCAAGAUGUUAGCAGGCAGCUCGUUUGAAGGUGUGGCAACCUGAUUUCCAGUCAUGAGACCUACUCUGCACUAAUAUGCUCAACGGCCGUCGGCUUGCGGGUGUAUCGAGUUGUCCAAAAACAAUUCCGACUAUGGAGGCAAGUAUAGAUCAGAGCUCCCGACUCGACUACAUCGGAAACCUGCAACAGUGUGCAUGGCUUACUCUUGUACUAGUGGUAAGCUCGACGCAAUAGAGUUUUGUCUGAGCGCGCAACACGCGAGUUGUGGUAC